UACAAGAUGGCAAAGACUUUGAUGACUCUAUUUUUGGUAGUCGCCUUCUUUAUCAUUUCACAAGAUGUGGUGACAGCACAAUGUCAGUGUAAAGGAGAUUGUAAUAUUACAUGUGAAUCUGGUCUUCCAACUUGUGUUGAUGGGGUUUGUGUAUGUUUAGCUCUCGAGACAUAUUCCACCAUUCAUAAAGAUGUGGUGAAAGCAGGAGAGUGUGACUGUCAUAAUAAAGCAGAUUGUCGUCAGCCAUGUGAAUCUGGGCUUCCAACAUGUGUUGAUGGGUUUUGUGUAUGUUUAGCUCUCAAAACGGAUUCCACCAAUCAUAAAGGUUAAGGUGGCGGUUUUGGUGGCAAGUAUUAACCUUGCAAGAGUUCUCUUAGUUAUUAUAAAUAAAUAAUGCCUCUUUGGCGGAUGAGGUUUAUAUUUAAUU